ACCUGCACUAAGGUGAGACAGACAGACGUAAAGUGAAAGGUCUACCCGUAGUUGCGGCGGCCUCUUGUUCCUGCAGCCCAUCAGGAGUAACUGUAAAAAUUAAUUUUGUCAAAACGCUGGCAUUUCAUACAAAGACACCAUCAAAACAUGUGGCUGAAGUGCGUGCUCGUUCUUUUUGUGUUUAUGCAGUGUGUUUUAUCUAACUCCACCGGCGUUUCUACAGGACCAAAACAUUCCAGAGUAGUAGUGUGUUAUCUAGGAACCUGGUCCGUCUACAGGCCAGAAAGAGGAUCAUUUACCAUAGAGCACCUAGAUCCCUCAUUAUGUACGCAUCUAGUUUACUCAUUUGCUGGCUUAAACAUACAAGAAGAUUCCAUUAAAGCAUUAGAUCCAUGGCAAGAUUUGACCGAAAACUACGGUAAAGGUGGAUACCAGAGAAUAACUGCUUUAAAAAAUAAAUAUUCCCACUUAAAAGUAACUCUUGCUAUUGGAGGAUGGAACGAGGGGUCGAAAAAUUAUUCGGAUCUUGCUGCUAGUGCAGCUAGAAGAGGCAAAUUUGUGAGGAGUGCUGUGGAAUUCCUAAAAAAAUACAACUUCGACGGUUUGGAUUUGGACUGGGAAUUCCCAGGCAAAAGAGGAGGUGUCCCUGAAGACAAACUAAACUUCUUCUUGCUAGUCAAGGAAUUGAAAGCAGCUUUUAGAAAACACAAUUUUCUUCUAACCGCCGCCUUCGGAGCUGGAAAAGACACAAUCGACUUGGCUUACGACGUGGAAGGCCUUGCUGUAUAUUUGGAUUACAUCCAUAUGAUGUGCUACGACUAUCAUGGCGCGUGGGACCAAAGAACCGGUGCAAACGCACCUUUACGAAGCGCUGAUGUACUUAAUGUGGAAUAUACCAUAAAUUAUAUGUUGAAAAUGGGAGCCCCAGCUAACAAACUGGUGAUGGGUUUGCCUUUGUACGGUCGUACUUUUAUAUUGCCAGAAACGACAUCGUUAUCUUCAUCGAAAAAACCGAUGUUGGGUCAAGAGGCCAAAUCGGUUGGUUUUCAAGGACCAUUUACGAGGGAAAAUGGAUUUAUGGGAUACAAUGAGAUUUGCAUGGAAUUGAAAAACACCUCUUCGAAUUGGAAACAAUACUGGGACAGCGAAACCAGCACCCCUUACGCCGUAGCGGACGACAAAUUCAUCACGUACGACAACGAGCGCUCGAUAGCGGAAAAAAUCCGAUUCGCCAUGGAGAAAAAUCUAGCAGGCGCCAUGGUGUGGUCCAUAGACACCGACGAUUUCCGCGGCGACUGCAUGGAAGUGGCAGUCAACGAAGACGCGAUCAACUAUCCGCUGAUGAGGGGAAUCAAUAAAGCGAUAAUUAAUUCCUUGGAAGACAUCAAGAAUACCAUUAUCAAGGAAAAGGAGAAUGAAAUAAAUAAGGCUUCCGUUGUUACAAGCUGUUCUAUUGUUAUUGCUGUCGCUAGCUUUGUGUUAUUUAUUUUUCAUUAGAUAGUUGUGAUGAUUUUAUGUUAAUAAAGUAUAAAGUUUUUAAAAAUGGGUAGUUUAUUUUGUGAUCUUCGCUUAUUGUCUUAUAAUAUUUAGGUAUCUAAUAUGUCCUUGCGUG